AACUGAAAUUCUUCAAUUCAGGAGAGGUGAACUAUUUGGGACUCUCUAAACGCCACCAAGAUACAAGUGACUAACAGGUAAGGAGGGCAUUUUUGCUAAUACUGUUAGUUGCCUAACAUUGACCUAAUUCUCCUAACCUGCUACGUUAAUUCUCCCAAUCUGCUGCGCAAAUUCUCCUAACCCGCUACGAAAAAAAAUCGUGGUCUGUAUCGAAGGGGCGUGAUUUUAGGAGUCGAAGUAUGUAUAAUGAGCAUAUGCGUCUUAUCCAGCAGGGAUUCGUGCUUUUCCGUCUGGGUUCGUUUAUUUUCGAGCUAUUCAUAUUAGUUCCCACGCAUUCUCCUGUUUCAUGCCCGGUGCUGUGCUGGAAAUGGCUGUGUAGGGAGCUGAGAGUUAUGUGCGGCAAAAGAAAGAAAGGGAGAAAGAAAGAGCGGAUCGGGAGUGAACCGGGCAAGUGGAAGUCUUUAAAGCAUUGAGGGAAAGAAACGGUGAAAGAUAAGGAAAUUAGCUGUCUACAUUUCGACGUGUUGAACAGUUAAAGUGCCGCAACAGCGAGAUUUGGAAGAAAUAUCUGCGGGUUGUCACUGUCCAGAAUGUGAGGAGCUUGAGAAAAUCAACGACUGUUGGACUGUCCUACUUUGCCUCCACCCCCACAGACGAGAGGUUGACUGAAGAGACCAACACUGGGCCUCAGUUAGGUUUCGAGCUGUCUAGCUUGUUUUUGCUGCUUGAAGGAGCAUGUUGCCAACGCUGUCCCUCUGCUCCAUCAUUUGGUUAAACCGGGGUAUCAAGCUGAGGAAAGUGCUCCACUGCGCCAACACCGGCCAGCUCUAAGACAGGAGCACCCUACCUACCUUGCUGUAUAGACUCGGCCAUUUCAGCAAUGCUUCUAAGCUUCAGUUGAUAGUUCUUUGGCCCUAAACGACCACUACUCCAAGCAAAAUCAUCAUCAUUAUCAUCAUCGUUUCCUGGUUGCCGUAGCAUUGUGCCGAUUUUCGCAUCCUCUCGGCGUCUUCGGCAGCUUUUAUCGGUUUCUUAAAAUGGCGGUCGAUGGUUUCCAGUAUCGUGCCCUCUACAUCUACACCAAGGACUUGGAGGAGGACAUUGACCUGCAGCCCGGGGACAUUCUGACCGUCAGCAAGGCCUCCCUGGGCUUCAAGGAGUGGGAUGAGGAGCAUCCCGAGCUCCUGGGCUGGCUGCUGGGCUUCAACGAACGCACUAAGCAGAGGGGGGACUUCCCGGGGACAUAUGUCCAGUUUGUGGGCCCUGUGAGGAUGGCACCGCCGCCCAGUCAGCCUCGCUCCCAAAGACCCCUCCCAGCAGCCCCGGGGCCUGAGCCACAACAAGAUGUUUCUCUUCUGGAUUUGACCGAGCAGUUCACACCGCCAGAAACUGCUCCCCACACCCUGGUGAACCUAGUAGAGGCCAUUGAGAAGAAAGGUCUGGACUGCAAGACACUGUACAGGACACCUGUGGCAUCCUUCAACUCGGAAAGCCCAACACAGAGCUGGAGUGGUGAGGUGGAGUCGGGUAGUGACGUGGGCGCCUUGUCGGAGUGUGUGGUCCGCUACCUGAGGGAGCUGCCGUCCCCCGUCAUCCCCCCUGGUGUUUACCCAGACCUGCAGGCUGCGCUGCAGCACGGCGCCGCGGACUUGGCAGCAAGCAGCAGCGGAGGCAGGGAGCUGAGCCUGGUCCUGGAGAGGGCCACUAGUGUGCCCCUGCACCAUCGCCUCACUCUGCAGUACCUACUCACACACUUGGGCAAGGUGGGCCAGGGCUCCCAGCUCAACGGCCUGGACCCUCACACCCUGGGCCUGGUCUUUGGGCCACUGCUGAUCCGGCCCAGCUCUGCUACUGGGUGGGAGGUGGGGGAGGAGUUCCCUGCACUAGCACUGGAGAGGCUGCUGAUGGAGAGGGCCAUGGGACAGGAAGUCCCGCCCCCUGCUCUACCAGUCAAGCCAAUGAAGGCCAAAACCACGACUCCAGCCAUGACUGAGACUCACAUACUGAGUGAUUCCGAGUGGUACUGGGGGGAAAUCUCCAGGGAGGAGGUGAACGAGAAGAUGAGAGACACCCCUGACGGGACAUUCAUGGUCCGCGACGCCUCCAGCAAACUGGAAGGAGAGUACACACUGACCCUCAGGAAAGGAGGCAACAACAAGCUGAUAAAGAUCUGCCACCGGGGCGGUCGCUAUGGCUUCUCCGAGCCGCUCACCUUCACCACGGUGGUGGAGCUCAUCAACCACUACCGCCACGAUUCCCUGGCCCAGUACAAUGCUAAGCUAGACACCCGACUCCUCUACCCCGUCUCCAAAUACCAACAGGAGCAGCUGGUGAAAGAGGACAGCAUUGAGGCGGUGGGCGAGCAGCUGAAGGUGUACCACGAGCAGUACCAGGAGAAGAGCCGGGAGUACGACGUGCUCUACGAGGAGUACACACGCACCUCACAGGAGCUCCAGAUGAAGCGCACGGCUAUCGAGGCCUUUGGCGAGACCAUCAAGAUCUUCGAGGAGCAGUGUGAGACCCAGGAGCGCUACAGCAAAGAGUCCAUCGAGAAGUUCCUACGCGAAGGCAACGACAAGGAGAUCCAGAAGAUCCAGAGCAACUCAGAGCGUCUGAAGUCUAGGGUGACGGAGAUCCAUGACAGCAAGAGAAAACUGGAGCAGGAUCUGAAGCAUCAGGCCACUGACAACCGAGAGAUUGACAAGAGGAUGAACAGCCUGAAGCCGGACCUCAUUCAGCUAAGGAAGAUCAGGGACCAGUACCUGGUAUGGUUGACACAGAAGGGGACGAGGCAGAAGAGUAUAAAUGAGUGGCUGGGCAUAAAGAACGAGGCAGAAGACUCAUACUCGCUGGUGGAGGAGGAUGAGGGCUCGCCCCACCACGACGAGUGCACAUGGUACGUGGGCGACAUCAAGCGCACCCAGGCAGAGGAGCUGCUUAGGGACAAGUGUGACGGCACCUUCCUCAUCCGAGAGAGCCAGACGCAGAAGGGCUCCUACGCUUGCUCCGUGGUUGUGGACGGCGACGCCAAACACUGUGUCAUCUACAAGACGGAUAAAGGCUACGGCUUUGCUGAACCUUACAACCUCUACGGCUCCCUGAAGGACCUGGUGCUCCACUACAAGCAAGAGUCCCUGGUCCAACACAACGACCAGCUGAAUGUAACCCUGGCCUACCCAGUCCUCACCCAGACCCUGCAGCAGCACCCUAGAUGAAGGGCAGUGUGACACAACGACCCCCAACGGUGACCAGCACUUCCAAAGCAUGGGGGUGGGGGGGAGCACACUCAUUACGUACCACAGUACCAGCCGCAGUAAACAUGAGACGACAAACCCUGUUUGUAGACUGAAAACAACAUAAGCACACCGUUAUGAUGGAAGCUUUCAGACCAUAGUUAGAAGAGCAAGAAGGAGAGAGAGUCGGGGAACUGGAGGUUAAAGAUACUGGAUGGAGCUCAGUUUUUUUUUUUUUUGCCUUGGCACCCACUUACCCUUCUAGGCAAAGGCCUGAGCUAUCAUCCCCAGUAAGGACUUGGCUAACCUGGCUGCUCACCACACUGCACUUCACAACAAAGAGAUCUAAGAGACGGAGGAGGGCAAUCCAGCGUUCAGAUACAUGGUUCUGGAAAGGCUGGGUGAAGUGGCUAGACAAACCAGUUACUUUCUAUUAAAAGCUUGCUUAAGUACCAUAGAAAGAGCCUUGAUUGACCACAAGCCUGUGUUGGGAAAGAGGGGAACUAUGUAGGGUGGGAUGCUGGGGUAGGGAGAGGAGGGCAUGACAGAAAGCUUUAGAAAAAUAUAUUUUUAAAAGUUCAAUUUACUCUUCUCCUCCAGUUUGUUGUGAGAUCAACAUUCUUUAUAAAAAUAGACAUGGUAUAUUUGUUGUAUUGUGAAUAGAUAGAUAUUCACAAUAGAUCAUAUAUAUAUAUAUAUGAAUGCAGUUUCUAAAGGGAUUCAGGUUUCCGUUUCCAUUUAAUCAUGGAUAGUGGAGAAAUCCCUGCAAGCUCGUUUCUUAUUUCAAAUGCUCUCAAGUGCUUUCUUUUAUACUGUAGCCUAUAGCCAUGAUGGACUAAGGUAUUACUGUUAGUAUUCUUGAGAUGUUCUCAUUUCUAUGCUAAUACACUCGCAGAUCAACGACCUAUCAGAUCUUAACUCUCAGUAGUGAAUGGCUUAGUCUCUAGGAAGCCUAUGCAGUGUACUUUUCACAAGCGCUUGCUUUUAUGUCGCAGCGUCACUACUACUCACGGUACAUCCUCUUUUGAGCUUGACUGUUGUUUUUAUUUGACACGAGCUUGAUUCACAGAGCUGUAGAACGUUGUUGUACAAAAUGGGAAAAAAAAUGGUAGUUUAUAUGAUCCAUAUAUCUACCGACAGUAACAGGCAGUGUGACUGUCAAACAGAAAGUAAUGAAUGGUUUUCUUUUCAAACUGUGUGUCGUCGCCCCCUCCCCCCCGCCCCGCAGAAAUAAACUGCUGGAGGAUGCAUGGUAUCCAGCUAAACGUGAUCCCAAAUGAAGGAUGUCUUGUCAUGUAGCAAAAAAAAGAUUGGAUCCUUUUUGACAGUAAGCAUGACCACGGAGGUCCGGGGAAUUUUCCACAAGUACCAUAUGCAUGAAAAUCCUUCUUUUGUUUAGUACCUAGACAACUUGCUCUAGUACUUGUGCUGUUUUAAGUGCAUACGUCUUGUGUACUAGACCUGUAUAAUGCACAAACAAUAGUAAGUGAAUAAGAAUACAUAUAGAUAUACAGACACACUGUCGAGGUGAAUUCCCUCCGGGUACUGAGCAGUACAUUUUUCGUGCGGCUUAAAGGACUUCCUCUUGCCGACUCUUUCUAUCCCUUUUGCGUAGCUCAGACUUUGUUCACGUGAAGACACUUCAGACAAAUUUCUACCGUUGAUUCGUUACUAAAAGUCUCAUGUAAUGAAACCGAGGAUUUUAAACGUGGUGGCGCUUCUUAGAUUUCUUGAGAAAGAGGAAACUUCCCAGAGAAAAGGAGUUUUGUUCUUUUUUUGUAGAAUGUGCAUAAAAAUAUGUCUCACGGUGGGCGCUCCUUUUGGGUCAUUUUAAACAUGAUCAUUUGCUCAGCAGAUGUAUUUUUCCCGUGUUGGUUGUACAGUUUAAGUACGAUACAUGGAUACUGCAACUGAAUAGUCAUGCUAUUGGAUUGGUUAACUAGUUGGAGGAAGUUGGGAGUAAUUUGUUUUGGGUAAUUGUCACAUUUUAAUUGGAAGUUGCAUAUUGGUGAGAGCAUUUUGUGUUGAAAAUGUAUUUUUGGUACAAAUAUUAGAAGAAAAAUAAUUAUCUAAAGGAAAAAUAGCUUGGUACUGUAUAGUAGUGUUUUGCACAGUUCUUGGCCAGAAGAAUAGCCUAGAAUUAAACUCGAAGUGACAGUAGCGAGAGGCCUAUAAAAGAGUGAUUCACAAAGUUAAGAAGUGCCUUAGCACUUCUCUUGUCGUCAUUGUUGGAGGAGCUUCUCUCCUAUAGACCGUGCUACCGCAUACUGUAUGCUUUGUUUAAAAAGCAUUUGCCAAUUAUCUAAUGUCAAACCCCUUAAAGAGAACUGGCAAAUGCGCGUAGUUGUAGUCUUUCCUGUCGUGUGCGAGGUCAGACUUAUGGAGAUUGUGUUAGUUUAGUUAUGCUUCUCUUUUGUUACAUCAUUUUUAAUAAGUAUUUUUGUGACGGGCUACAGCUUGGUGCUCUUCAGUGAGCGAGGCAGUUUCCUUUGGGGUUUUGUUGUAUAGUUUAUUGAAUCACACCUAGAGUGGAUAGAAAUGUGAAUACACAAUCGUAGCCCAACACGUAGCGUUUGUCCUUUUUAAUAAGCCGAGUCUAAUUCAAUAAGCUCUUAGGUGAAUGCAUGCAGUACUUCUCACAGUGUUUUCAUGUCAAUUCCCUGUGAAUUAAUAUCCUGUUUACCCA